AUGGUGUUGUAUCCAAACCACUCAAAACUCCAUCUUCAAGAUAAAGAGACUGGAAGAACCUACGUGGUUGGUGUAAGAGUCCGCAGUUGGGUUGAGCCUUUCAGGGGACGUUAUCCUGGUUUUACGAAUCGGUGUGUCUUCUUCACCUACUUAACUCUCUCCCUCAACAAUAGACUCUCACAGAGAGAGAAAAGGGAUUUAGGGCUAACGAUGGACGAGAACUUGCUAGACGACAUAAUAAGGAGGCUACUGGAAACGAAUAACGGGAAGGCGGCGAAGCAGCAGGUAAAGCUACUUGAGGCGGAGAUACGUCAGCUCUGCUAUGCUUCCAAAGAGGUGUUUCUCAGCCAGCCUAAUCUCCUCGAGCUCGAAGCUCCUAUCAAGAUUUGCGGAGAUGUUCACGGUCAGUUCCCAGACCUUUUGCGGUUGUUUGAGUACGGUGGCUAUCCUCCAGCUGCCAACUACUUGUUCCUUGGGGACUAUGUUGAUCGUGGUAAGCAGAGCAUUGAGACCAUAUGCCUUCUCCUUGCCUACAAGCUCAAAUACAAGCUCAACUUCUUUCUUCUCAGAGGCAACCACGAGUCCGCUUCUAUCAACCGUGUCUACGGAUUCUACGACGAAUGCAAAAGGAAAUACAACGUGAGACUAUGGAAGAGUUUCACCGACUGCUUCAACUGUCUCCCUGUUGCUGCGCUCAUUGACGACAAGAUCCUCUGUAUGCACGGUGGACUCUCCCCUGAUCUCAAGAGCUUGGAUGAUAUCAGGCGGAUUCCUCGUCCUAUCGAUGUUCCUGAUCAGGGUGUUCUCUGUGAUUUGUUGUGGGCUGAUCCUGAAAAAGGAGUCAAAGGCUGGGGGGAGAAUGAGAGAGGUGUCUCGUAUACUUUUGGUGCCGACAUAGUGGCUGAGUUUCUUCAAACUCAUGACCUUGAUCUUGUUUGCCGAGCUCAUCAGGUUGUGGAAGAUGGAUAUGAGUUCUUUGCAAAUAGACAACUGGUGACGAUAUUCUCGGCGCCCAAUUACUGUGGUGAGUUUGAUAAUGCUGGCGCAAUGAUGAGUGUUGAUGAUAGCUUGACAUGUUCGUUCCAAAUCAUCAAGUCAACUGAGAAGAAAAUAAGAUUUGGAUUCAACAACGUUUCUAGACCAGGAACCCCACCACAUAAGGGAGGAAGAGGUGGUUAAGACCUUUGUAUCAUUGGAUGAAUCAAGACAAGAAUGAAGCUGUGGGUUCGAUUCUUUUUAAGCUGUAGGUGAUUUGAGGCUGCAGUUUGGUUUUGCUAAUUUGUUUUUUUUUUCUUUUAUUUGAUGGAAGCAAAGUUUUAUUAUGUUUGAUUGUUAUGACAUUUUUCAACUGAAGGAAGUUGGCUUUAUACACCUAA